AUGACUACCGGGACGAAUAUAAAAGAUCGAUGUCGUCUUUGUUAUACACAUCUAAAAGAUACAUCAUCUUUACAUCAUAAAUUAUGGUGUUCACAACAUAAUCAUCGUAUAUAUAAUAUAUAUAAACGACGUCCCUUUCGUUAUCGUGAUCUUAUUGUUCGUCAUUUAUGUAUACGUUUACCUGAGAAUGAAAAUAGUUCAAUUGAUCAUUAUUCACAUGUUGUUUGUGGUACAUGUGCUGCAUCACUUACUAAACUUGAUACAGCAUUUCGAACAUUUCAACAAACACAAAAAAGUCUACGGUCAAAAUUUCGUAAAACAUCUCAUAUUGUUCAUUAUCAAUUAAAUCGACAAAUAAAAUCUUCAUCAGAUAAAUUAUUAAAUGAAAAUAAACAAGAAAUAAAACAACAACAACAACAAGAAAAAGAUAUUAUACCAAAACGACAAUCAAAACGGAAAGGUGCACCAAAACAUAUUGAUCAAACAAUUAAUAAUAAUAUAAAAAAACCAACUAGUAGUGUACAAUUAAUUGUUAAAAUUCAUUCACCUGAUCGUAAUGAUAAUGAAGAUAAACAAGAUGAUGAACAAGCAGAAGAAAUACAAACAUCAUCAUCAUCAUCAUUAACGAAACGAACAAGUCCUCGAAGAAAAUCUUAUCAUACAAAUGAACCUGAAAAAAUCAAUCCAAAGAAAAAAUUUAAAAAUUUAAUAAAAGAUCAAAAUAUAUCAACUAAUGAUUCAUAUAAUUGUAUUAAUCUAUUAAAAUCUAAUGUUCUUACUGAUAUACCAAUUCAUAAUUCUACUCCACUUAAUUUAAAAACAAUUACUAAUUCUCUUUCUUCAAACAGUCGAUCAUUAAACUCGGUGAAAGGCAAUCAUAUUGAACGUAUUGCUUCUUUAUUAUCUGGAACUGAUACGGUUUCAGAUAUUGGUAAUCAUACUUUAAAUCUUCCUAAUAACACAAACGAUCAUAAUUCCGAUUCUCAUCCAAUAAAAACACGUGGAGGACGUCGUAAACAGCCUUCAACAUUAGAAGUAACCACAACAAAUAAUAUUCUAUCAUCAACAAUACCAUCACCUUCAUUAGAUGAAGUCGAUGAUGAUGAAUAUUCCAUAGGUGGUGCAAGUGAUGAUAGUUCAAAUACAAGUAUAAGUAUAAAUCGACCAAUUAUUCAUACUAAUACUCAUAUUAAUAAUAAUACAAUUCCAAAUGUUAAUAAAAAUUUACCAACAUCUAUAUCAACAACACCAACAGCUGAAGGUUUAACAAUAACAGCUAUUAAUCAAACAGGUCAAAAGCAAAUAUUUAUGGCUAAACAAUUAGGUAAUUUAAAAAAAUAUCAAUGUGGUUUAUGUGAAAAAAUUGUUACAAAUAUACAAAUACAUGUUCGACGUCAUACAAAUGAUAAACCAUAUCCAUGUACUUAUUGUGAAAAACGAUUUACAAAUUCAGGUGAUCUUCAAAUUCAUGUUCGGAUUCAUACGGGUGAAAAACCAUAUGCAUGUCCAUUAUGUUUAAAGAGUUAUCGAACGAUAGGUAAUUUUAAUAGUCAUGUUAAAACUCAUGAUUCUGGUACUCGACCACAUCGUUGUGAAUUAUGUAAUCAAAUAUUUCCUAUACCAAAAGAUUGGUAUUCUCAUUUACGUUCAAGUCAUCGAUCUCGAACAGCAAAUACUACUACUAAUAAUAAUAUAACACCACCAUCAUCAACAUUAAAUUCAACAAAUACAACAACAACAGUAACACAACCAUUAUUUUCUAAUUGUUUAUCAAGUCAACAACAACAUAAUGAAAUAUUUAUACCGAAUAAAGUUAAAUUAGAACCAAUAAAUCGUUCACAAUUAAAAAUUAAUUCAUCAAAUGACAAGAAUUCAUUGAAUGAUGACGAUGAUGAUCAAGAACCUGUUAAUAUGUCAAAAAAAGAAGAUUUAAGUGAUGAAGAAGAAGAACGUGAUGAUGAGGAUGACGAAGUAGAAGAAGAAGAUGAUGAUGAAGAAAAUCAUCAUCAAUCAACACAUAAUUUACUUACUAAUGUAUCAUCUCCUGUUCAUGCAUAA